GAAAAAGGAGGCGUUGCCCUCCAACAACACAUCAGCUGCAAAUUUAUGCAAAACAGUAAAAGCACUGCUGCUGCUGCUGCUGCUGCUGCUGCUGGUGGAGGUGGUGGUGGAGGAGGUGGUGGUGCUGUUGCGGUCGUCCUGCAAAGAAGAAGAAAAUAGCAACAACAAACAUCACGUGAAGAGAAAGCUCCGGAGGCCGCGGAGUCGCUCGGAGUCGUUUUCCUGCCGGUGGCCGGUGCAGCAGGAGGCAGAAGACCCGGACCGGUGACGCAGCCAUGGAGACGGAUGGAGAGCAGAACCAGCAGGGGGCCUCAACCAAUGGGAGCGCUCCGUCUGGGACCAGCUCCCGCCCCUCUCCCAUGAACUCAAUGUCUCUUUACGAAAGACAGGCUGUGCAGGCCCUGCAGGCGUUACAGAGGCAGCCCAAUGCAGCUCAGUAUUUCCAGCAGCUGAUGCUGCAGCAGCAGAUCAACAACGCCCAGCUGCAGAACCUGGCCGCUGUGCAACAGGUAAAGGCCACUCUGGCUGCCAGUCGUCAGUCAAGUCCUUCCAGCAGCAGCUCGUCUCAGACCACCAGCACCACAGCUGCCAGUGUAACAUCUGGAGCAGGGUCCACAACCAGCAGCCGUCCUAUGGGCGCCUCGGCAACAUCCACAAUCAGCCAGUCGGUGCUGCUGAGUGGGACAGCAGGAGGGCAGGGACAAAUGUACCUGAGGGUUAACCGCUCCCUGAGGGCCCCCAUCUCCUCACAGCUCAUCUUCAUGCCUGGCAGCACGGCAACUGCUGCCGUGGCAACCGUCACCCAGCAGCCACAGGCUCAGCAACAGCAGCAAGAGGUGACUCCAACCUCCUCUUCCAGCGGCCAAUCAGACAAUGAUCAGGUGCAGAAUCUAGCCAUGCGAGGUGUGUCCAGUCCCAAAGGUGUCGGUGUUAAGACUGAAGCCCCAGAGAGGAGUGAGUCAGCUGCCUACUCUCUGGUUCAGCCCUCCCACCAGUCAAACCCUCAGUCUCCCGCCAAGCCAAGCCAGCCUCAGCCCCAGCCCCCCCACAUCAAAAUCCCCACGUACCCUCAGCCCACCAACCUCAAAGCCCACCCCUCCUCUUCCUCUGUUGCCUCCUCCUCCUCCUCUUCCUCCAACUCCUCCAUCCCUCUCUCCCAGCUGCUGCUCCACGGGACCCGGACCCUCACCACAGGAACCACAGCUCCCACAGCAGCACACACCCUGGUCCUAACGUCCAAUGCGGCAUCACAGCCGCACGGGUACCCAGUUGGCACGGCGACCAUCAAACCGGCGGUCAAUGCUCAGACUCUGGUGGUGCAGCCUCUACAGAAGACCUCACUCAGCGCCGAGAAAUCGGGCCACGGCAACGGACCCAUCCCCAUCCAACCUAAAACUCUGCAGGGGCUUCGUCUGCCCCUCCAGCUGCCUUCUAGGAACCCCCCUCCCAUCCUGCCUGCCCCACCACCAUCCAGCAGCUCUGCCCAGCCUGCCCAGCCCCCUCAGCCGCCACACAUCCCAGUCCAGAUCGUGGGGGCCAGGCAGAGCACACUGGGAAACGCCCAGGCUCUGGCUCUGGCCCGGAGCAGCUGCAGCCAGGACGGAGCCGCCGUCCUCACCAGCUCUUCCAGCCUGCUCACCAUGGUGGCUUCCAUCGCUUCCAGGGAGGGCGGGGUUGUGGGCCGAGGGGUGGGGCUAAAGGCGCUUCAGUCACCGCAGGAGGCUCCCCCGUUGGCUCAGGUCUCUCAAGUGCACCCUCAGGCCAAUCAGAGCUCUGGACAGAGUCAGAACGGACCCAUAGCUUCAAGCCCUGCCUCCUCCCAAUCCCCCACCAUUUCCUCUCCCCCCACCUCGCUGUCUCGUUCCUCCCUCUCCCUCCCCCUGGUAACUGAAGAGCAGAGAGGAGCGUCAGCGGGUGUCACCACCAAUGGAGACUCAUCAGGAAGUCAGACACCACAGGGAAAGCAGAUGACUGGUUCGCUGAAAAGGAAAUCAGACUCAAACUCAGCCAAUGAUGCAGAUGGCCCCUCCCCCCCACGGAUCCAGCCUGUCAGAGAUCACUCCUCUGUUCUCCCAACCAAUCCCAUUGAAGCAGUCUCUGCUGCUCCUCCUCCAGCCCCGCCCUCUCCCUCCCCAGUCCUGUCAGUGUCCCGUGGUGUAUGUGGUCAGGGGGAGAGAGCUCCUCCUCCUCAAGCUGUAGUUAAACCUCAUGUCCUUACACACCUCAUAGAGGGCUUCGUCAUCCAGGAAGGGGCAGAGCCUUUCCCUGUAUGUGGUCCAGUGAAGGACUCGGCCGGCGACGAUUUAACCAAUGACAGUCCGGACACUAACCAAUCAGAGGCGGUUACCACUGCAACAGUGCUUAAGUGUGAGUACUGUAAAAACUUUGCUCCUGCCAGCCAGUUCAGAGGCACCAAAAGGUUCUGCUCCAUGACUUGUGCCAAGAGUAUGUAUUGGUUCCCCAGGUACAACGUCAGCUUCAGGCAGCACUUCUGCGUGCGGCAGGGUCAUAGCCAGGGUCAAGGUCAGGAUCACCCUCCAGAUCAGGAUCAAGGCCAGGGUCACCUCUCCAACUCGGACGAGGAGGGAGGAAUCGCCAGGCGGAGGGUUCCCCGCAGGACCAGCUCAGAAAUAGCCAGUGCCAAGAUAGCAGGGAGACCCAUACCUGUCAAGUGCCGUUCAGAGUCCAGCCAUUCAGAGGAGGAGUCCAGCGGGGAGGAGGAUGAAGACGACCCCAUGUCCCUCUCGCCGGCGUCCUCGGCCUCCUGCCACCAGCCGCCUCCCCCGCUCCCGACGGAGAGCUCCGCACCCGGCUGCCUGCCUGCGAUCCCCGCCCAGUGGAGUGUGGAGGAAGUGUCACACUUUAUUUCUUCGCUACAAGGCUGUGAGGAGCUCGCCUCCCAGUUCCUGUCGCAGGAGAUUGACGGACAGGCACUGCUGCUGCUGAAGGAGGAGCAUCUCAUGUCCACCAUGAACAUCAAGCUAGGUCCUGCCCUCAAGAUCUGUGCCCACAUUAACAAUCUGAGAGACUGAUGUCUCCAUAAAUCCACUCCAUGUUCAAAGUCAAGCCCUGGGCAUUUACCCCAAACUCUUGUCCUGCAUCCAGUUCAGAUAUAGAACUGGUUCCAGAGCGGUCAGAGUCCUUGCAGGUGAAUGUAUGAGGUACAGUCUGUUUCCGAAACAAACAAACUUGAAUCUGUUGUUGACUGUUUUUAAAAGGUCGUAUUUGCACAGGAGUAUUCUGAAUUCCUUACAAAUCUGUCAUGUCUGUCAGUUGCAAAAAAUACUACAGAUUACAAACUAUAUUUUGGUGAAGAUACAUGUUGUUUCUGUGCAAAAUCAGCACUUGCAGGCAGAAAUAGUUUUUACCAAGUGAUUACAUUUUCGUUUGUCACUCUUUAAAUUUUACACCUGUCUUGUAAAAUGCAGAAAUGGAGGUUUUUGAAUGUAUUUUCAGUGCAGAGAUCACCUGUAUUGAGUUCAAUGAGCAAACAAGGAUAAGCUUAAAUCUACAGUACUCUUACAGGAUUCCCACAUUUUACAAGUUGCUGCUCUUUCUACAGACUUUAACCCAGGCUUUUGUUACAUCUCAUAUUCCAAGUUGAACUCAGCUAAACAAACAAAACUCUGAAGAAUCACACAGAAGAAUGCACAAUUGUUUCAUUCAUGGUGCAGGAAAAGUGUUCUUUAAAAUAUUCUCCCCUCCUUAUUGGCGAUUGUACUUUAACACUUUAACGUGUUUGAUUACAGCUCUUCACCUGGUUUAAGCCACAGUCAGCACAGGAUUCAGACAGAAAGACGUAUAGGAUUUAAAGAAUUCAGUCAAUAUCUCAAGAUUACAUCUGAUUUUAUUUUGAAAAAGUAUUUUGUAAGGAAAGCACUCGGAUGAUUUUGACCUUUAAUGUUAUGUAUGUAAUAAAAAAAACCAAACUAGUACUUUCAACAUCAUAAUCACUUUGUUAAAAAAUAGGCAUCAUCAUUUGUAAAUGAUGGCACUUUUAUUUUGAAAGUGGCCUAUUCUCUAACUUACAGGGUAUAUAGUGAAGAGUACAGGGUACUGGCUGCAGAGAUGCCGGACCAGAGUCCAAAUGAAACCCAAACCCCUCGAGGUUCAGAGAGCAUUUUAUAUCUCAAAAUACUGAUGUUACAUCUGUUUUCUCACAUCUGUAUUACUCACAGAGCACAGCAGCAGUAGACAAAACUCUACUCGAAAUACUUUUUCACUCAGUAUCUUAAGGGGAUCCAGCCUUUUCAAGUUUUUUCUUAACAGAGGACUCAUUGUUGACUCUUAAAAAGGACUGAAAUCUGCAAAAUCUGUGACUUUUGUUCUGUUAGGCAGUUUGACAGAUUUGAAACGGUACAACCAGCUGCUUGUUGCGGCAUGCGUACGAGUGACGGGUAACGUCACGGGCUUGAUUUUGUGUAGUGACAUAAAGUUUAAAAGAAAAAGCUGAAAGAGAUGAAGGAUGAUAGAAGUUGUUCAUAUGAAGUAACUUUAAAGGUCCCAUAUUUUAACCUUUUCCAGUGUUGUAUUUGAAGUGUUGAUCCAUAACCAGAUAUAUUUGUAGUUUUAAGAACUAAAAACCAUCUCAGUGUAGUUUUACAUCUCCUCUCUCUGGCUUCUCUCUGGAGCUCUGGUAACAACAUGUUGGUGAGCCAAUCAAAGAGAGGAAACUCUGAGCCUCUCUUCUGAUUGGCUGACUGUUUUCUGAUUGAAUCCAAUAAAAAUCUAGCAGAUUACAGGUUAACACUCAGAGAAACCAAAUCCUGCAAAGUUGGAUGGUGGGUCCAGGUGGGUGGCGUUUGGGGCGUGGCUGAGAGCAGUGACUGCUUUGUUGUGACAUCACAGUUCCAGAAGUCCUGACGGCUGGUUUUAAGGUUCAGUUUCUGAAUACAGGCUGUGUUCAUUUCUCUGUGGACUGAGCGCUUUGAUACUUUCACAGUAUUAAUAUAGAACCUGGACCUGCUUUAUAAUCAAAGAACACAUGGAAAUCUACCUUUUUACUAUAUGGGACCUUUAAUUUGCCUUUUUGAACAAAAACCACAGUCUGUUCAGAAGAAGAGACUGGUAGCUACAUGUGGACCUAUGUUUCUAAUGGAUGGAAAAAAAAUCAUACCUGACUGAUUGAGCGUGUGAAUGAAUGAAACCUUAAACUAUACUGUAAUAACUGUAAAAUUUGCCUUUAUAUUUAAAUGCACAUUUGUUUGCUGGACUGCCUUGUUUGAGCUUUUUACCGUAGGAGUUUUCUCAUGUUAUCUCUCUGUGAACCUUGUGGCCUUUCUCACUAGUCUCUACAAUAGGUUUAGAUAAGGAUUGUCUGUUUUUUAACUGCUUUUCAUAUCAUUCCUUGUUUUAUAUUAGUGCUUACUUUUUUACAAUUGUUACUUCAAGCAAUGACAUGUUUUGCCUUUUCCAAAAAAAAGAAGUGUGACUGAAUAGUAGCUCCCUUGAUCAAGGAAACUUGCUGUCUUCCUCAUAGCUUCGUCACAUAGCGUGUAACUACCAACAGUAUUUACCUUUCUAGCUAUAGCGAUCUUUGGCUUUAUUGUUAGUGACUGUGGCCAUUACAGUAUUUUCUUUCAAAAAGGAUAAUAUUCUUUGAUAGCUGUGUGUUUAUAUUUCACAGUCGCCCCAGGAUUUUGGAGUAUUUUAAAUCAGCUGGUCCCUCAGCAUAUCGUGAAGACCAAAAAAAUAUACCACUUAUACUUGUGAGCCACAAUUUCUUACUUAAAUCGUUGCAGUUCUGCUGUGAUUACUGGUGUAACGUUUGUUUACAAGCAGAUCAUUGCAACUUCUUCUCCCAAAAAGUAGCACUUUUCUCACAAAAUAACAAUGGAUUCUACAAAAUUGUUAUGUUUUGUUUUUGUUUUGUUUUUUUAAUGAAGAAGCUAUUUCAGAAUCAAAAAGUAUUUCCUUGCAAUAAUCAAAAAAACUGCAAAAUCUUGGAGGGACUGGGUUUGAUGAGGAGACGUUAACAAUACUAUCAUGCAAAUAAAUAAUCAAGGAACUGUUUAAAA